AUGGCGUCUGUUGAGGGAUCUCGGACUCUUUACAAAGAUGAUGCUAAUUAUAGACUUCAUUUUCGGAUGAUAAACGAGCAACAAGUAGAGGAUAUCACCAUCGAGUUUUUCUACAAGCCGCACACAAUCACUUUAUUGACAUUCACCGUCGUCAGCCUGAUGUACUUUGCGUUCACCAGGGAUGAUGCCAAUCCUGACAGUAACCUUCGCGUGGGCUUUCUGUUGGUCGUCUCCUUCUUCCUCGUGAUCAGUGUCCUCGCUUUCCCCAAUGGUCCGUUUACUAGACCGCAUCCUGCUAUAUGGCGCAUGGUAUUUGGCCUCAGCGUUCUCUACUUUUUGUUCCUGGUUUUCCUCAUAUUCCUGAACUGGGACCAGGUGAAGGGCGUUAUGUACUGGCUGGACCCUGGCUUGCGUUACGCGACCCGAGAAGCAGACAUCAUGGAAUAUGCCGUGAACUGUCACGUGAUCACGUGGGAGCGAAUCCUGAGUCACUUUGACAUUUUUGCGUUCGGUCAUUUCUGGGGCUGGGCCAUGAAGGCUCUUCUGAUCCGCAGCUAUGGACUGUGCUGGACCAUCAGCAUCACCUGGGAACUUACUGAGUUGUUCUUCAUGCACCUGCUGCCUAACUUCGCUGAGUGCUGGUGGGAUCAGGUCAUCCUGGACAUCCUGUUGUGUAACGGAGGGGGCAUCUGGCUCGGCAUGACGGUCUGUCGCUUUUUGGAGAUGCGGACAUACCACUGGGCCAGCAUCAAGGACAUUCACACAACCACAGGAAAGCUGAAGCGCGCUGUUCUCCAGUUCACUCCAGCCAGCUGGACCUACGUGCGCUGGUUCGACCCAAAGUCGUCUUUCCAGAGGGUGGCAGGAAUUUACCUCUUCAUGAUCAUCUGGCAGCUGACCGAGCUCAACACGUUCUUCCUGAAGCACAUUUUCGUUUUCCAGGCAUCCCACGCCCUCAGCUGGUGUCGGAUCCUCCUCAUCGGAGUCAUCACCGCCCCCACCGUGAGGCAGUACUACGCAUACCUGACUGACACGCAGUGCAAAAGAGUUGGAUCACAGUGUUGGGUAUUUGGGGCCAUUGCUUUCCUGGAGGCUCUGGCCUGUAUUAAAUUUGGCCAAGACCUUUUCUCUAAAACGCAGGUUUUAUACGUGGUCCUGUGGCUUCUGUGUGUGGCUUUCAUUACGUUCCUGUGUCUCUACGGGAUGGUGUGGUAUGAGCAGAGUUGCGGAGCUAGGCUGCAGAUCGCCUCUGGAUCUGAUGACAACAGUUUUAUUGACUCAUGUGGAUACAUCCCAGAGGCCUCCAAAGCUGAGAAGACCUCGGGUAGCAACUCUCAACCCUCCAGGCGGAGAAAAGGAGGCUCGGGAAAGAACAGCACGGCCAAUGGGACAAACGGAAAGAAGUAACGAGGGAUGAGGAGAGAACAUUGGGCGCGGUCAGAGGAGGACAGACAACGGCGACGAAAGAUUUCAGAGAAAGGACCUAAGAUGAGGUUAACAAAAGAACCCAUUGAGAGUUUAACAGGGGGUUUUGAGAGAAGGAACACAUUCAGAACAUGGUAUUAUUUAUG